GGUCAUCCGCGUCGCCAGCCGCCUCCGGAGUAGUCGCCGCUGCCGCCUCCACGUCACCACUGCUGCCUCCUCAUCGCCGUUGUCGCCUCCGAGUCGCGUUCCCAUUUAGGCUCUCACCCUCUCAUCGUCACCAAAAACCAAAUCAAAACCCUAACCCUAGUUUCUCUUUCACUUCUCGUCGAGCUGCUCUCCUACUCCUCUCUCUCUCCCCUCUCUCAUCGCCCAGCCCCCACCUUCAACCGCCAUCUCCUUGGGAAUAUCGAGGCUAAAGGGAGUGGCUGAGGGGUCAGAAGAAGAAAGCGGCAAAGCCUGCGAUCCACGUAUCUCUUGAUGAAUCAUAAAUCAUGAAUGGGCUGGGUUUAAACAGCCCAAGACAGUAAAUAGCCCAACCAGCUGCUUUUCAACUCCCAACGCAAUUUUCACUCAAAAAUUCGAUUCUGCCGCCACUGUUUCUACGUCAUGUCCUAUUCCUCUUCCCGGGAGGUAAUCUUACCGCCUCAAUGGUCGGAGGCGGUGAUCACAAUCGCGUCCUCUUUUCCUCCGCCGCCGAUAACCCUAAUCUGCGGCCCUAAAAACAGCGGCAAGUCCACAUUUUCCCGAUUCCUCCUCAACUCUCUCUUGCAAAGGUACAAGAGAGUGGGGUAUUUGGAUACUGAUGUAGGGCAACCGGAGUUUACUGCACCGGGAUGUCUCUCACUUCAUGUUAUUGAUGAUUGUUUAUCUGAUUUCACGAAUCCUUGUAUUAAAGCCCCUGAGAAGUGCUUCUUCUUUGGUGAUACAUCUUCAAAAAGAGAUCCCAAUGCUUACUUAGAUUGUACCUUCAGCUUAUAUGAUUGCUUUCUCAAGGAAUUCUAUCAGUUGAAGCGCAAUGGUUCCAGAAAAUCAAUGUCGCCACUUAUUAUUAAUACACCAGGAUGGGUGAAAGGUACUGGAUUUGAUGUGCUUGUGAAGAUGUUGAGAUACAUUUUUCCUACUCACGUGGUUCAAUUACGGAUUUCCGCUGAGAGUAAGAAUCUUCCAACUGGGAUAUUCUGGUUGGAUCAACAUGAACACAAGGAACCUAUCAAUUUGUUUGAGAUUCAUUCAGCACAGAGAGACUUUUUGGACCGAUCGGUGUUAGUACCAAAGGAUGCACGUGUUAUGCAGGAGCAUAGACUUUUUGAGUAUUUUAAGCAAUGCUUCCCAAGCAGUUACAAUAUAGAAACCAACAAAGAACUCGCUUGUGCCUUAGCGUCUCUCCCUCCCUAUGAAGUUGCAAUCUCAAGGAUAAAAGUUAAGCAUCUCCAUUAUGAGGUUCCAAAAAGUGAAAUAUUUCACAGUCUGAAUGCUACAAUAGUUGGGCUGGCGGCUAGUUCUCUGGAGCCAAGGAUGAAUGGAAGUUGCACGCCUUGGUGUUUUGGACUCGGCAUUGUGAGAGGUGUGGACGUUAGAAGAGAUCUCCUUUAUGUGAUAACGCCGGUUCCAUGUCAAAGCCUAGAAAAAAUUGAUCUUCUUUUGCUAGGUUAUAUCGAAAUCCCCAUUGGCUUUCUGCAGGCAGGUGGACUUGUCUCCCCUUAUAUGUCUACUAAUGUCAUGCACAAACUCUCGGCCAAGGAUUUGUAGAAAGCCAACUCUUUCCUAGAGGCUCAUGAACUGAAAUAUAUGGCAGUGGCUUCUCGCUGUUCCAUGAACAUGAGAGAGAGAGAGAGAGGCCUCGUGAAAUAGACAGAAAUACAAACUAGUAGCAAUGUUGCUUCUGAUGAUCUCGUCGCAAGAAAUCAAUUUUGGAAGCGGAAAUUUUGGUCUUGCAAGUUCAAGUGAUUGGUGACUAGGGAAUAGUUUUCAACACCGUAACUGGCUAGAACUGUCUGCCAUCAGGAUAAACCUGAUGGUGAUACUUCUGCAUCCAGCAAUUUCAGUAAGGAAGCGAAAUGUUUGUGUUUGGAAAUUUGACUUAAAACUGUUUCUCAUACUGAUUUAAGGCAAUUCCAUGUUUUGAUAGAUUACAAGUGCUGAUAGUGUUACAUACUGGCUUUUGGCUCUGUAGCCUCAUGUAUAAGUUGAUCUUCUGACUUGCUGUAUACUAGUGAAUGAUUAUAUUAA